AUGAAACAAGACGGCGCUUACACGACGCCUUACCUCUGUGCUGAAUUUAACUUAAGACCUGCUUCGUGGACUACGGAUGAUGUGUAUAUAGUUGGGUUUACCAACUUUGGGAUCACAUACGCCAAUGAUGCAAAUGGUAUAGGAAGAGUCUAUUUUGUAUAUAGAGACACGUCUUCUGUUAGACAGAAAACGGAGAUCUUAACUGCGACAUAUUACGAGUGGCACAAAGUCUGUUUAGCGUCGAGUGACUCGACACAUGUUGGUGUCUACGUCGAUUCAGAAACUCAGUUAAAUCAAAGUGUCGAACAUGCGACUAUGACUUCGAGUGAUAUGGAGUAUUAUAUAGUCUUGAUGUCGUAUCCAAUAUCAGGCAAACCCGGGACGGCAAAUGUCGGGACAGUGUCUGGAAUAGUCUACGGAGAUACUCUGUUGACUGUUGAACAACUUAAGAGUUACUUCUCAAAUAACAUAGGGCCUCUUGGGAAUAAAUUUGCACUUGGGACUCGAUACAGCGGAUACACCACACAAUUGCUUAAAAUGAGCUUCACAAAAAACACGGGGAACGUCAGCGUUUUGUCGCCAAAUUUUGGACUUCCAAUGAUCGACGACGGGUGUUACGAGACAGCAAAGGAUACAUUGCCGAUACAUAGCACUGUAAUUCCAAUAAAGAGUGUCGAUAGUACUACAAUCAGCCAAUUUAAUCCUUCUAAUGCGUUUACUAUUGAAAAUGGUGUUAUUCGAAUGGAUGCGGAAGAUUACUUCUUACUCAAUGCCGUCAAUACAAACAACUUGAGAAACUUGAAAAUAGAAAUCGACUUCCAAGGAAUAUUUGAAAUUGAUUUUAAAUAUGGAGAAGAGUGGGUCGAGGGAAUCAAACCGAAAAGUCUGUUGUUCACACCAAAAGCUACUUAUUAUCUUCCAUAUUUCUUGAUGGGCGGAUCAACAGAUUUGAAGGUCAAAUGUGUUGCUCCGGGCACUGGAGAGACUCUGUGUGUCUUGAAAGAGUUGCGUGUGAUUGAAGAGAAGUGCGAUGUGUAUUCUGAAAAUAUGUUUUGUGGAGUCGACAAGACGUGUGGCGUGUGUAUUUCGUCGAGUUGUGUAGCCAAGAAUUACUGUGUUAAAACAUUCAAUUUUUCAAAUGAAGUGACCUUAAGCGCAACACAACUGCAAUUGAAUUCAGUUGAAAAUACAGACGUUUCUCUCGUCACAACGUCACUCUCUGCAGUGAAAAUAUCAAAAGGUAAUGAUCAAGUCUUGGGCCAAAAAGUUCAAUACUAUCGAUUUGAAGGAACAAUAGGGUUAAUCGAAAUUGGCGAUUAUAAAGUGCCGAGUGGCUUUGGUCGUCUUACGAAUGAAUAUUCUUUGUUUAUAACUGUAAAGCUGAGAGAACUUUCAGACGGUUCAUUCUUUGUAUCUUCUGGGUAUUACCAAACAUUGCAAACGAUGGUGUUGAGUAUGAAAAGUUCGAUCAUUUCAACUGCAAGUCAAACGGGAACAAAAAGUGCUCAAGCAGAUCAAUGGAUGACUCUUGGCAUUCAGGCAAACACCACACACUUUAAUGUCUUCAUGAACGGUAAUAACAUCUUGAGUGAAGAAAAUGUGACUGCAGUCGACUAUUUGAACGCAAAGACAAUCCACUUGGAGUCUUUCAUUCACAAGAAUUUUGAUAUCACGUCCGUCCAAAUCGUCCCAUUUUAUAUGUCAGACGUUUUAAUGAACAAAUACACUGCUUUUAAGUCUUUAGUGUCGACAACGUGUACCACUCCAUGUACCCUUCCUGCCGUCUGUUUUGACGGGAAGUGUGUUUCAAAAUUUGAUAAACAGUGUGCUCUCCAUUGCAAUGAAUGUGUUGAUGGGAAGUGCAACUCAUGUCUCUCCAAUUAUGAUCUUACCAAAGACUGUUCAUCAUGUGCAGAAGGGUUCUCAGGCGAGUUAUGUGACACGUGUGCAGAUGGGUAUAACGACUAUCCAGCCUGCACCAAGAAGUCCAACACUGGAAUCAUUGUUGGUGUUAUAGUUGCUAUUGUAGUUAUUAUAGUUAUUAUAAUAGUAGUCAUUAUAUUAAUUAUGGUAUUACUUCGAUACCUCCGGAAGCAUGCCGAGAAGGUUGAGCAAGAGACUGAGCUCAAAGCUGUUGAGAACAAUGGGCAGAGUGUGUUACUGAAGGAAGCGAAGAAGAAGAAAGUAGUAGUGAAUGAUGAGACGUUAGUUGAGUUAGGAACGUACUUGUAUAUCACAAAGACUAAGCUGACAUUCAAUUUACACGGCGAAGAGCCUAACAUCGACACACCACUCUUAGACCAAGUCGUAUUCAAAAAUAGAACAGACAGACAGCUUGUCAUUUGGAUACAAUGCCCGAAGAAAGAUAAGUUCUUCUUGCAAUGCGACGUCGAGAAGAAGAUCAUUGACCCAAACAGCCAGAUCCAAGCGAAUUUUGAAAUCCAGUUACACUGCAACUGCUCAUGCAAAGAAGAAAUUAAUAUCAAAAUCGAGACGGUCAACACACACGAAUGCGAGACGGGGAAUAUCAGACUCGCAGUUGCGACGUACAACAGCAAGAAAAUCGACUUCGACGAAAUCGAGUUGAAGAACCCGCCACUAGGUGACGGGGCGUUUGGUGUGGUCUACCGCGGGACUUACAAGGGGAUUGAAGUUGCUGUCAAGAAGUUGAAGGAUAGGUCGGACAACGAAGGUGCGAAGAAUGAGUUUAUGAAGGAAGUUUCGUUGUUGGACAAGUUGCGAGGGCCCUAUAUAGUCAGUUUUGUGGGAGCGUGUUAUCUACCCACGAAGAUGUGCAUAGCGAUUGAGUUUGCACCUGAUGGGUCUUUGGGUCAUGUGAUGAAGAAGAAUACGUUAACAUACGAACAAAAGGUCAAGUACAUGUUGGACUGUUCGAAGGGGAUGACUAUGAUGCACACGUUUAACACUAUACAUAGAGAUUUGAAGCCAGACAAUUUGCUUGUGUUCUGUAUCGACCAGGUCACGACACGGAUUGUGAACUGCAAACUCACUGAUUUUGGGACAUCAAGAGGAGUCCAAGAGUUUGAAGAGAAUUAUACUGUUGGUAUUGGAACACCAGUAUACAUGGCGCCAGAGAUUCUGGAUAAGAAGCCAUACACUGUUACUGUCGAUCAAUACAGUUUUGGAGUGAUGAUGUACGAGGUCUUCGACCAGACUAAACCAUAUAAAACAGACCAAUUUAAAACCCCUUGGGACGUCGCUAAGUUUGUUGUUGAAGGGAAAAGAUUACCAAGAAAGGAGGGGAUGAGUGAGGGAUACUGGGAAAUCACUUCUCGAUGUUGGGAUGUUGACCCAGCGAAACGACCCGAGUUCAAAGAAGUCGCUUUGUUACUCCAAAAGGAAUUGUCACUAACAGUACCUGAAUUUGCUAUUGAAGAAGGGCAGAGAGUUGAUACACAAAUGUCAUUCUAUAAGAAUCCAAGUGAAAAAACGCAGACAUCAACAACAACAACAACGUUGACAAAUACUAAUACAACUAAUAUCGCUUAUAAAACAGGAGACUCAACUGUAUCAAAAGUCAUCAAUACGACAACUUCCGAGUUUGAUGUUAAUUAG